AUGUCUCUAAAAUCCAUUUGGGUUGACUACUGUGAAAAUGGUUCAAUACAUGGGUUGAGGCACGUUAUUCAGAAAGAUGAGAAACCAUGGAAGAGAUUUAUGUGGAUACUGUUGUUGGUUGUUGCCAGCACAGCUAUAGUGGUUUUGGUUUCAGCAUCUUGGGAGAAGUAUUCUUACUCUUCAAUGGAAGUUGCUGUUGAUGACCCUCGUUAUCCACUCACCAAGAUUGAUUUUCCUGCAGUAACUAUUUGUCCAAUCAGCAAAAUCAUAUAUUCAAAGGCUCUCAAAUUAGUGCUUAAGUAUAUACAAUUAAUUUAG